AUGUCCCACGCAGGGUCCUGGGCCGAGUCUCGCCGCUCCAGAGCUAUGCAUACUCAUCGUCGCUCAGCGUUCGAUAGCUUUGACGAGUCGCAGUGGCUGUAUGGAUUGCGCGAGCAUGUACGUUCCGUCCUGCUGGAACGACGAAGGCCCCUGUCUCGCGACCAGGCCCCUCCCUCAACCCCGCCGCUGAUUCGCGCUCAACACCAGGCGCCUAGGAUGGUCGCGUCCGACCACGAAGAGGAGGCGCCUGAAUCGAUUCCGGAGGACCCGGAAGCCAAGUCGCAUUUACGCCUCGCUGCUGAUGCUAUGAAAGAGCUCUUGGCGCUAGGCGGCGUCGUCGACGAGGAGAGUGAGCAGCCUGUGGAGAUGGACGGCUUUGCAGAAAAAGUAUGGCGUGUGGACGAGCCACAGGAAGAAGGCCCAUCCUCCCUCUUCUCGCUCUUUCAGACCCAGUCGAAUGGGCCUGUCGACGUGGAUGCCCUCCUGCGCUUUCGUGCAGGUAUGACGGAGGCGCAAGCUGAAGAAGAGGCUAUGCCACCUCCACGCCCCAAAAUUGAAGUGGUGGAGAGUGACGCUUCUGCAUCCAGUGCUACCAGUGACAGCGACGAUGACGAGGGCAGCGGAGAUCCUGCCGAGGAUGACGCCAUGGAGGCUGACGAGGAUGAAGACCACGAGGGCAAAAAUGAUAGCCAAGACGAUGACGACGAUGGCGACAACGACGAUACCACGGGGGACUCGCCCAGGCAGGACAAUGCAUCGCCGUUUUUACGUGACUUGGCGCACGCAGCGUCGACGCACUCGUAUGAAGAUACGGAGCAGGCCACGCCCGCUGAGCUUUUGAUACCUGGCCAAGGUGGUCAACACGCCCCGAUCGUCGUUUUAUCCGACAGCGAGGAAGAGGAAGAGGAAGAGGAAGAGGAAGAGGAAGAGGAAGAGGAAGAGGAAGAGGAAGAAGAGGAAACGACGUCGCCCCCUUCUCUUCCCAAGUUGUGGUCCUACGCUGUGGAUGAUGCCCUUGCUGAAGGCAAUAGCAAUGAGGAAGAUGAAGAAGAGGGUGAUGGAGAAAACAUGCUGGCAGAAGACAAUAUGCUAGAAGAAGAAGAAGAAGACAGCAUGCUUGCGGAACAAGAGGAGGAGGAGGAGGAGGAGGAAGAAAACAUGCUGGAGGAUGAAAAUGAAGGGGACAAUGAUGAAGAUAUUGGGCUGAGCCAACGGAACACUGAACCGACGGCUCAUAUGGACAUGCCGGCCUCUUUGAUAGCCGAUGCCUCACCUUUUACGGAGGAAGAGCCAGCUCUACAUCCAUCUUUGCCUAUCGAUGAGGCGUCUGAGACUCGUACAAACCUUACCGAGGUGAUGGACGAAGAUGCAAUCACCGCCUCUCUCCUUCCUACGUCUGAGACGGCUGAGAACACGUCCACCGUAGACACGUCUGCGGAGGCGACCACAGCGCCACGUUCCGAAGUAGUUAUUGAGCUGCCGACGUACGAACGCGACGAGACAUCAGGGCCAUCGUCGAUGACGGACCCCGUGCCCGUCUCGGAGACGCCAGCCACAGAUGCACAGCCUGCACAUGUGUCGCCUAUGGACUCGUUGGCUUCGCAGGAUGAGCCUACCAUGAUCGAUCCUUCGUUGUUAUCUGUCCAAGCUGAUGCGUCCCGAGUGUCUUCCGCUGAUGCUGCCACGAACCAGGUAACAACGGCAUCUGAUGAUACAUCGGAGGCCCAUGACACGUACCCCACCUCGCAAGGCAAGGACGAGCCAGCGGAGUUGGCCACGCAGCCUUCCCCUGAUAGGGACGUGUCCGAUGCCAGCACUGAAGCGCUGAGUGAGGACGAAGAAGCGGACACAUCCAAUUUGCUGGAGCAGCCAGACGAGCACGAUAUCAUGUUUUCAUCGCCCUCGCAACAUGCCACGCGUUCUCACUGCGCGUUCCAGCGGCUGACAUUGACGAAAGAAGACGGAGCGCCGACGUUUAUUGUGCGUUCCUGUACGCUGAACCCUACUGUGCUAGAAGAAGAAGGCGCGGAACAGACUGAUGUGAUCACCGAUAGUCUGGAGAUGCAACCGUUGGAUGCGGAUUCGCUGCCUGAGUCGGUGUACCAUGCCUUGUGCCGUAUAGUCGGCCCGGCCUUGCUGGACGAUGUGUAUGUGCUACCACAGAGUUUGGGCGCUCAAUGGAUGAAAACGGAUCCCGAGCAUGCAGACAUCGAGGCCUCGCCUUCUAAGCGACCACGAACGAAUACACCAUCGCCACCGCGGCGGAUGCGAUUGCGUACAGCGCAAGAGCGUCGACGACGCCAGCCUUUCUCGCCUAGUUAG